UAGGGGCUUUUCUUAUUGGGGGUUUAGUUCUCCUUUAAUAAGAUUUGCCAUGUGUACUUGUUGCUAAUGGCUGGUAUUAUUACACACCAUAGUUAGAACAUUUAAGUCUAAGGCAAAAUAAUAACAUUUUCAUGAAUGCCACUUAUUUCCCUUAACAGCUUAUGGGGGAGGAAAAGCAAGCAAACCAAUAGAAAUGGCCUUACCUGGACAUGCAGUUCACAAUAUUCCCAGGCAGCCUGUGCCAAGCUUAGUUUCCAGUCAUAUAGACCUUGAAGAGAAUGCUGUUACUAAGCAAGCUGACAUAGCCCAGGAUGAGAAAAAUGCUGACACAGCGAAUGAUACACAAACAGACAAGGAAGAACUAAAAAAUACUCAGAUGUUCAGCCUUGCUAGCCAUUCUAAAGAUUACGAACGAUGCAAGCAAACAAUUUCAUACUGCUCUUGUGUAUUAAAUGAGCCUUCUGGACUUCCUGUAGAUGGCACCAGCACUAUAAGUGGAGGCAGUGAAGAGUCAGGUUUGUCUGGGAGAAUGUCUUCCUGUAGCACCAUCUACAGGUCUAGCAGCACAUCCAUAUCCCAGCUCCGUUCAGCUUCCUUAUCUCUGAGUGUGGGAGAUGCUUCAGGGUCUGAAGAAGCCUCUGGAACAUAUCCAGUGACAGGGCAUAAAAAGCCUAUUUUGGCAGCCAGUGGAUAUUGCAAGAGCAUUCAGAAUCCUUGUCUGAACAGUUGCAGUUUCCAUGGCAAUACAGAACUUCAUCAGACUUCAUCAUAUUCUAAGAUUAAAUGCUCAGAAGUUUCAAGGCUUGAAUCUUCUUUCGUUGAAAGUUGGCAUGACCAUCAUCUUCACCACUGGCCCGUCCUUCCACCAAUUUCCUCACAAAGAGAUUUCUCAGGUUCCCGCAGUGGUGAUGAUCCCAGUGGCAGAAGAUCCCAUAUGUCAGCAGUUAGUAGUGGAUUACAGGAUACAUUUGACGAACUUGAAAUGAUUGUUCCGCAGACUGGAUCCUCACUUUCUAAUUCGUAUGUAGGGUCCUUAUCAUCCUCAGAAAUUUGUAAAACUGCUGCAUCUUUAGACCUAGGGUGUUAUGACAGCAACGAAGAAUCACUGACUGAUAUACGACUCUCGCUACUCAAUCACUCUAACUGGGGGCAGGAAGACCAUAACUAUGAAGCAAAUGAUGAUGAGUGGGAAGGAAAAACACACACGUUUACAGAUAUCCAUACUCAAGGCCCCUUACUUCUUCUUGCACCUGCUAUAGAAAGUGUAACUGAAACAUCAGAUACUUACCCUAAUAAAAGAGUAGACGUUCAUCAGAAUAUCUACACAAUGCUUACAGGUGCAGAAGAAAUUAAACUUGGAGUGCGCAAGCAAUCAAUUCAUCAAAGUGAGGAGGACAUUAGAGAAAUGCUUCUCCUUAAAUCACAUUUUCUUGAUUCAUCAUGCUCUAUGAAAGGACAACUAUAUGGCAAAGAUGCUUCCAAGAAAGAAGAGGGCUACGACUUGGAAAGUAAUAGAACUGAAGAAGAGCAACUGCCUCCAAUAAUGAGAAGGCGGCCAGUGAAGAUGGACUAUAGCAUCAAAGAAGAAAUGGAAAAACAGAGAAUAGCAGAAGAAAGGAGAAUGCAAGCAGCAUCUAUAUAUUCAAAGCUUCAAAAAGCCAGAUCAACAGCAAUCCGAGGAACACAACCCAUCAGUAUCUCUAAAUUUGAAGACUUCGACUUUUUGGCAAAAUACUGCAUCUUCAGCCAGGAGAAGUUGGCUGAGUAUAAAAGGGCUUUUGAAGCGGUGGACAGUGAUGGAGAUGGAUAUCUCGACUGCCUGGAAGUUCUAAUGGCCUUAAAGGAAAUUGUUCCACCAGGAGCCUUAAGCGAUGCUGAAGAACUAUACGUGUACAGAAUUUUAGAGAUUGUGGACUAUUAUGUAACAGAUGGCCUAACAGACCUACGACUCUUUGCUGUGAUGGCUAGCUUGGCGCAGAAAAUAGCAGCACUAGACUCCUUUAUGAGAUCAUUAAUUGACCGUAUGGACUUUAAGACAUUGGAACUGAAAAUGUACAAAGCCAAGCAACUUUUUCUGUGCAACAUUGACUUGGAAAACAAAAUCAGUGUGGCUCAACUCCUUGUGGAAUUAAAGGCGGGCGGAAUUAGCCAACAGCAUGAAGAAGCCAUACAAAUGGAACUGCAGCACAUAAAAAGGCUUGAUAUCCUAGAUUUUCUAACCUACUUGCCCCUGUUUGUUUUAAUACACAAGUCUGUAAUAUCUAAUCCACUGGACGAUUCCAGAACUAUCUGAGUAGUGUAUACUACGUAUCAGGAAUUGUAGAUUAUAGAGGUCAUGUAAGUUUCCCACUGAGUGCGCCCUUGCUCCCAUCAGUGCUCAUGCCCUCCAAUGAUUAUUAUGUCUGAUUAUUAUCUUUAAUUAGUCUCCCUUAAAAACGCAUUUGCAUUUAGGGUUAUUCAAAGGCCUUAUCACAUAGCUUGGUAUGGCUGAAGCAUUUCUAAGCAACAAUCAAGACGACAGCACAAAUGAUGACUGCUUAGCAUUUGCACAAUUGUGUAAUUGUGAAAAUCUAUGAUUGUAUCACUGUUCAUAUAUAAAACUGAUUUCCAGAUUUG